AUGGCAAGUAGGUAUCUUUCUGAAGAACUUGUAAUUGAAAUCCUAUCAAGAUUGCCUGUGAAAUCCCUAAUGCGAUUCAAGUGCGUUUGCAAAACAUGGUGCUCUCUCACUACAAACCCUAGCUUAAUCGCCGCACAUCUCAAUAACAAUACUGAUAGAACAAUCAGCUGGAAUGGUAACACCAAAGGUCUCAUUGUUGGUUCUGAUGACUUUCAUGUAUUCCCCAAUUGUAUACGUAAUUUGCAACCUGUGAAUCUCAAAUUUGGUUUCAAAAGGAAACCCGGUUCAGUUUUGGGCUCGAUUCACGGGUUUGGUUUCGAUAUGAAAACUGGAAAUUUCAAGGUGGUUAAAGCUGUACGUUUCUGGGAUGAAGGGAGCAUUGAAAAUGGCAUUAUUGAUGAGGUGGUUGUAUCGUUUGACAUUGGCGAGGAGGUGUUGAAUGUGACAGUGCUGCCAAAAGAUUACCCUCGUGUAAUGGCACCUACCUUUGGAAAAUUCACAUGUAACCUUACAUUGGUAAAGGGCUCCCUCGCGAUUAUUUGUUCUUUCUUUGAGGAAAGGCAUUCGCGGUUGGAAGUUUGGGUGAUGAAGAACUACGAGGUUGACGAAUCGUGGUCUCUUGAAUUAUCUGUUGGACCGGAUCGUGGUUUACAUACUUCCUUGGGUUUCUGGAAUGACAAUGAGCUUCUAAUCCUAAGAAACCCAGGACUUCUAUUUCUAGAACGGGAUGGAAGUGCAUUCUUGCACAACCCUGUGACCAAACAAGCUAGGGAUCUUUGUAUUUCUGGUGAGCCAAAUUUUAUUUACAAAGAGAGUCUAGUUUCAGUUGAGGGAGGAAAUAUUGGAAACUAA